AUGCCUGGAUUAACUUUACACCUUCUCGCCUUCAAAAAUUCUAGCUACGAUGCAAAGACAUUCGUCGCCCAACUCCGCAGCAACCCAUCCGUCAAAAUAGUGGUGGCAUCGCGACCACGCCAUGUCGUCGUUCAACCAACGGUCCUCGAUGUAAACCCAUUACUGACUCAAAAAUGGGAUCUUAUGCUAUUGCUACAGCCUACAGGCGGACAGACUUUGGAACAGUCAUCCCUAAUUCCGUCGGAACUGCAAGAUGUGAUCCUAACUGAGUAUCGCAUUCUUGCGGGUAUUCCAUCUAAAUUAUUAGGAAGCUUUCCAGAAACAGAUGCAAAAUUGAAGAAACAAGCACCACCGCCGUUGACAGGGUCGUUGAGCAAGAUUCGAAGUCAGAGCAAAGAGACUUCUCAGUCGCUAGAGGUGUCGCCGGAGUUGUUAGCAUUUAUGGAUAAGUUGACUCUAGAACAUGACAAACCAGUAACAAUGCUCAAUCUGCUUCAUUUCCAUCAUCCUGAUGGGAAGAAGAAUUAUUUCCAAUACGGACAAGCAUUCAUCCCUGUCGCCGGGAAACGUGGAGGCAAUGCCAAAAUUGUUGGCAAUGUCGUUAAGCCUCCUAGCAAUUCAGCUUCCUUGAAUGACUCGCGGGGGGGUGUCGAUCGGCCAGAGCAGGACUGGUGGAAUGAGAUCUCAAUUGUGCAUUAUCCUUCGAUCCGGCAUUUUUGCGACAUGCUUGCUGGAGAUGAUUAUCAGGCCAUCAAUGAGAAGUACAGAUUGAAGGCUCUUCGCGACACUUUUUUGCUGUGCACCACCGAGUUUGAUGUCGAAGAGGAUUCGCGGGCGAAACUAUAG